UGGAAUGAUGGAUGAAUGGAAUGAUGGAUGGAUGGAAGGAAGGAAGGAAAUGUCCCUCAGCUUUUUGCCCCAUCUCUUACGGGCGGCACGGGGUCUAACGGGGCUUUUCACACGGGAGCAGAAAAGGUCCCUGAGAGAAAAUCACGUGACAGGAGCUGCUGUUCCUGAGUGAAAAACUCUUUUAUUUGCGCACGACGUGUUUCCGUAAAACCUCCAGUAAACGGCUCCCUUCCUCUGGGACACCAGAGUUGUCGUUAUUCCGCUCCACCUCUCAUGACUUGCUCCUCAGGAUCUUCUCUUUUGUUCAAAAAUGUCAAAGUGGCUGCACCAAAGUGGCAGUCCCCCUAAUUAAAGUGAAGAAACCAUGACUCGUAACAACAACUGACUGCGGGACGGACGUCGACCGUAUGUGCCUCUACACGCUUUUCAAAUACAACACUGCUGUUCUCCUCUUCGCUACUGUUGUCUUUUCUGCUAUUGUCCUGUGUUUAAUAAGAAUAAUAAUGAUAAAUAUUGUUAAAAAUCGACGCUUCCGGGCUUUUCGACAAAGAGCUGCCCAAUCGUCGUAGGGCACCCGCCUUAGUGGCAGGUCGGCCAUCCAACCAGAAAAGCACAAAGACCACACCUCUCAGCCAAUAGCAGUGGACUGCGGUGCGGCAGAGGGGCGGGGCCGGCGCGGUUCACCGGCGGCUGGCGGACGUGCGCUUGAGCGCAGCGAUGUGACGCCGAAGCGGCGGAAAGACGGAGACGAUGGUGUCGCUUCUGGAGCUCAAUUCCUCCACCGAUGUUUAGGGUUCAUCGGCUUGAGACGCGGGACAGGCCCGCCGCACUCGACAUGUGGCUCCUUUGAGGCUCAAAUUGAGCGGCGACGGACGGGCCUCUUAGUUGAUGCAGCAGCCGCGUCACUGUGUGUUACAAUAUAAAAUUAAUUGUAUUGUAAUUAUUGUCGCUGUUAACGUUGUAGCCAUGAGGUUAUUCGCGCGUUUACUGAACGCGUUCAACGAAAAGAUCGAAUAUUACUCGAGAUUCUCUCCGUCGCCGCUCUCCAUUAAGCAGUUUCUGGAUUUCGGGAGGGACAACGCUUGUGAGAAGACCUCCUACAUGUUCCUGCGGAAGGAGCUGGCAGUGCGCCUGGCCAACACCAUGCGGGAGGUCAACCUGCUGCCGGACAACCUGCUCAGCCAGCCCUCUGUCAAGCUCGUGCAGAAAUGGUACAUGCAGAGUUUUGUAGAGCUGCUGGAGUAUGAGGAUCGUGGCCCAGAGGACCCCCACACGCUGCACGAUUUCCUGGACCUGCUGAUCGAGAUCCGGAACAGGCACAACGACGUUGUGCCCACUAUGGCCCAAGGGGUGAUUGAGUACAAAGAGAAGUUUGGCUUCGACCCCUUUAGCAGCACCAACAUUCAGUACUUCCUGGAUCGCUUCUAUACCAACCGGAUCUCAUUCCGCAUGCUCAUCAACCAGCACACGCUCCUUUUUGGCAACGAUACGAACCCGGCCCACCCCAAACACAUCGGCAGCAUCGACCCAACAUGCAAUGUCUCAGAGGUGGUGAAAGAUGCCUACGACACAGCCAAGAUGCUGUGUGAGCAGUACUACAUGGCUGCACCUGAGCUGAAGAUUGAGGAGUUCAACGCCAAGGCUCCCAGCAGGCCCAUCCAGGUGGUAUAUGUACCAUCGCACCUCUUCCACAUGCUGUUCGAGCUGUUCAAGAACUCCAUGAGAGCAACUGUUGAGCUGCACAAGGGCAGUUGCGAAUGGCUCCCCCCAGUUAAGACACUGGUGACCCUGGGAAAGGAGGAUCUCUCCAUAAAGAUCAGUGACAGGGGUGGAGGUGUGGCCCUGAGAAAGAUUGACCGGCUCUUCAACUACAUGUAUUCCACAGCACCCUCCCCCAGCUUGGAGACUUCACGGGCCGCCCCGUUGGCAGGUUUUGGCUAUGGCCUUCCCAUCUCCAGACUGUAUGCACGCUACUUCCAAGGCGAUCUCAAGCUCUAUUCUAUGGAGGGUGUGGGCACAGAUGCUGUCAUCUACCUGAAGGCUCUGUCCAGCGAGUCGUUUGAGCGGCUGCCCGUCUUCAACAAGUCAGCGUGGCGGCACUACCAGACGGGCCCCGAGGCAGAUGACUGGAGCAACCCCAGCAGCGAGCCACGUGAUGCCUCCAAGUACAAGGCCAACAGAUAACUCCCUUGUUUGCCUUCAUGGAUCGCAGCCCUACCCUACCAUACCCUACCCUACCCUACCCUUGAGUGUUUCAUCACAAUCUUCUUGACCAACUCAAGAUUUCAAAGCUCUGUUGGUGAUGGACUUUUCCCCUUUCUUUCACUAGCCAUUGGCUGUCAACACUGGCCCCCUGGUCAGGAUUUGGGGUGGGACCUCCUUAGUCUUUGAGCCCUGAUAAAAAGCCUCCGUUUCCUUAAAGCCGAGGUGGAAUCGGAACUUCUCGCAGCUGCCUUUAGGAAGGAAAGGUUCCAGCCAGCUGGCAGCAAGACUAAUCGCUGCUGCUUGUGUGGCACUUCCUGUUUGUAGAGGUAGAGGCAGGUGUCACCAAGCCAUCACAAAAUUGUCAGAGAGCAAAAAAGUGCACCUCAAAGAUUCUAAAAUUAUGAAAGGAAAUGCUCUAUAUGUUAAGUGUAAUACAUACAAACUGGUAUGUACUCAUAAGGGAAAUUGAUACGUUUACUUUGUACUGAAAGGACGAGGCUCACCUCAUAAAGGCGUCAAUGUCCUACACACUGAAGACGUAGGUGUGUGACUCUGAUGUGCAGAGCACAUUAUCAGUGGGAAACAGGGCAGUUGCAGGAAAAAAGGGCACUUUGUUGAUGAGCUCGCAAACGUUGUGCCUGCUUUUGGGCGGUUUCUGCCCUGAACCCAGCGCAGAUGCCAUGGUGGAGUGGCGUUGCCGUGCCGACCUGCUCAACGCCCGCCCGGGUGCCACCACGCACACUGCUGCAGCUGGAGCUGUAUGCCAUGGGGGGUGUCGUGGGGCUUGUGGGAGAGCAACCCCUGUCGGCCAGUCAGCCAUGCCAAGUGGCCCCACUUGAGUAUCUUUGUUACUUUGAAAUGAACACAGAUGGAACAUAAGUGGUGUGGGGUUUCAAAAUGGAGCAGACAGAAUUCUGGAUUGUUCUGUUGUGUUGCUUUUAAUUUUGGAACUGGGGUCGAAUGAGCAGAAUGAACGUGCUGUUUAUUCCACCCCCGAUGAUUUUUUCCCAACAUAAUACUUGAGUAAAGUUACACUCAAUGUUUAUACACGCAACAGAUGAACGUGGCAUCAUCCAGCACAAACGUCUUGUUCUAACACAGGGCUCAGCAGGCUUGUACAGUGCAUGUGAAUAUGCUCUGGCAUAAAACUCGUGCGGCUCGUGUGGCUCGGGCACUUCAGGCCAUGAGGCUUUUGGUUGGAUAUUUGAUUUAGUGCUUAGAUGACCCAAAAUUAGGUAAAGUGAGCACACCGGUGAUGUGAGGAUAGUGGCACAGAAAUGCACGUCAAGUCAUUUGCAUGUUGCUGCCUUUACACAGCUGCUGGCCACAUUUGGCCGCACCGUCAUACCACAAGUAGCCUCAGCGCUGUACGUGUCUGGGCAGAACCUAUAACGUGACAUUCCUUCAGCAGGUGUUUGAAACAAGCUUCAUCUUAACCUGUCUGUCUAUCCUCCUCCUCCUCAGUGGAAACCAGAUCAGAAGUUACGCGUUCACUUCCCUUCUGUGACAAUAAAGAUGUUGCCCUAUGAAAAGUGUCUUCUGUGUGU